AUGAAGGGUGACCGUCGCCGCAGCGCUGUCCACAGCCUCAACGGCAUCGUUGCGUGUACCCAGCCCUUGGCCGCAAUCGCGGGCCAGACUAUUCUUAAACAAGGAGGAAAUGCCGCGGAUGCUGGAAUAGCUGUCGCGGCCUGUUUGAACGUGACGGAGCCAUGGUCUACUGGAAUUGGAGGUGAUAUAUUUUGUCUCUUCUAUGAUGGCCAGACAAAGAAAGUUCACGGGCUGAAUGGAUCGGGGCGAGCUCCAGCGCGCAUUACUCUAGAGGAGGUGCGAGGGAAACUCAACAUCCCAGACAACAAGCCCGGGAGUAUUCCGCUCAAUAGCAUCUAUGCGGUGACUGUCCCAGGUGCGGCGGCAGGUUGGAUAGAUACCGUGGAAAGGUUUGGAAGUGGGAAGCUUUCCAUGCAGCAGAUUCUCCAGCCAGCGGUUGACUUAGCUGAGAAGGGGUUUCCUGUGUCGGAGAUUUCAGCGUACUAUUGGCAAGAGAACGAGCAACAAUUGCGAGAAGCAUCUCCCAACUUCAAAGAGAUGCUCAAGGAGGAUAUCGCGACUGCAGAUGGAAGCAGAGCUCCUCGAACAGGAGAGAUUAUGAAGAUGCCGACGCUAGCCAAUACAUUCCAUCAGCUUGCCAUCGAGGGCAAAAAGGGCUUUUAUGCUGGUCGUGUUGCCGAUGCAAUUUGUCAAGUAAUGCAAGAUCGCGGAGGCCAUCUCACGUACGAGGACUUGGAGUAUCAUGCAAGAAAAGGCAGCGAGUACGUCAGACCCAUGUCUUUGCGCUUCAAAAGUAUUCAGUCAAGCGUGGAUGUUUGGGAACAUCCGCCUAACGGUCAAGGCAUCGUGGCCUUGAUGGCACUAGGAAUUAUCCAAGAGCUCCAGAAGUCAGGGAAAAUAACUCAAAUCCCAUCCCACAACUCCGACGAGUAUCUGCAUCUUAUCGUCGAAAGCCUGCGAAUCGCCUUUGCCGAUGGCACAUGGUUCAUAUCCGAUCCGCAUUUUCACCCCAUCCCUGACCUUCUUUCACCCUCCUACCUCAGUACGCGUGCACGACUAUUCAAUCCAGAGCACGCCUCGACUCUCUUGGACCACGGUAGCCCGGCCCUACGAUCCAGUGACACAGUUUACUUCGCGGUGACCGACUACGCCGGCAACGCAGUGUCCAUCGUGAACAGCAACUAUCACGGCUUCGGGAGCGGUAUCAUCCCAGCUAAAUGCGGGUUUACUCUGCAGAGCCGCGGUGCGAAUUUCUCGCUCGCACCCGGCCAUCCCAAUUGCCUGGCACCUGGGAAGCGACCGUAUCACACGAUCAUCCCGGGGCUGGCGACGAAUGCCGAAACAGGGGGCCUACAUUCGGUUUUCGGGGUCAUGGGUGCGUUCAUGCAACCGCAAGGACACGUACAAGUACUUCUGAACAUGCUGGCGUUUGGCAUGAGUCCACAAGAGGCGCUCGAUGCACCACGAGUGUGUAUUGCGAGCGUUCUUUCGAAUGGCGAAGCUGUUGACGGCACGGUCUAUGUCGAGGAGGGGAUAAGUGAGGAGGCGAUACAGGGGUUGGAGAGAAGAGGACAUCACGUGCGAAUGCGAUCAGGGUGGCAGCGGGAUAUCUUUGGUCGGGGGCAGAUCAUUCGGAAUAUAGUUGAUGGAGAGCAGCGAGUUUAUACGGCCGGAAGUGACCCCCGAGGAGAUGGCAUGGCUGUUCCAGUGUAG